AUGGCUUCUCUUCAUGAUGAUGGUGAAGUCGGUUUUGAAGAAGGAAUGCUCUUGCUACCCUCUAAUGUUCUGGACGAGGCAUGUGACUCCAACAACAAGGAGCCACCAGAAACAUCAGCAACAAGGUUACCACCACAGACAUCAAAGGGAAACACAGUCACAGGUGGACCUGGAAUGCAAGCUGUUUUCUUAGUUUCGGGACAAGGAUCAUGUGGCACUGGGGUGUUCUUACCCCAAAAAGCAGGCACUAAAUCAACUAGGAAGCCAGCAUGUGCUCCUGUCCUUCUUCCAGCUCGAGUAGUUCAUGCUCUAAAUCUCAAAGUACACGAAUUCGGCCUGCAGAUUUCACCUUCUCAAGGUCCCAAAUAUGGUCCAAGAAAUGCAGAAGUAUACACCAGCAGUGAGUCAACAAAGAAGAAAAAUGAUCAAAAAGAGGGUAUCAAGCAAUGCAGUGUUAUUUCUCAGAGUCAAACUUCUUCUCCUGAUAUAUUUCUUCCAAAGGAGUGGACUUACUAA